AACGAGGUCGCGCGCUGCAACGCGGAAAAAAAGUGCGGAUGAUUCGUUAUCUGUGUUGAAAUAAGGUUGCAAUAAUAGCGCGGAGAUUGUGAAGUCUUCUCUCUCUCACACACACACACCUGCGUGCGCGCGCAAACACAAGGGGCCGUCCCUGAGCGCGCGCCGGUUAUUGGCUAUCGGUGAACUUUGCGACGAGAUGUCGCGUGAGCGCCGGAACUGCAGCGCUCGUGCCUUCACCAUUCAUCAGCUGGACUGAGAUCACCGGAAUCGCUUUCUGUUAUUUUCUUUUGGGAGGACACUAAACCGGAGGACAUGACCGAGAAGCGGGUCUCGCGCUGGUACUUCGGCGGAAUCGCCUCGUGCGGAGCGGCAUGUUGCACGCACCCGCUGGACCUGGUCAAGGUGCACCUGCAGACGCAGCAGGAGGUGAAGAUGAGGAUGAUGGGGAUGGCGAUGCACGUGGUGAAGCACGAUGGCGUUCUGGCACUCUACAAUGGCCUCAGUGCCUCCCUCUGCAGACAGAUGUCUUACUCCCUGACCAGGUUUGCUAUCUAUGAGACAGUGAGGGACAUGAUGGGCAGUCAGGGGCCGAUGCCCUUCUACCAGAAAGUCCUGCUGGGGGCAUUCGGAGGAUUUACAGGAGGUUUCAUUGGAACACCAGCAGACAUGGUUAAUGUCAGGAUGCAGAACGACAUGAAGCUUCCGCCCGAGCUCAGGAGAAACUAUAAGCACGCGUUGGAUGGGCUGUACAGAGUGUGGUGUGAGGAGGGAACGAGGAAGCUGUUCUCGGGAGCCACCAUGGCGAGCAGCAGAGGCGCGCUAGUGACUGUAGGACAGUUAGCGUGUUACGAUCAGGCGAAGCAGCUCGUGUUGGCCACGGGUUUCCUGGGAGACAACGUUCUCACGCAUUUCCUGUCCAGCUUCAUCGCUGGAGGAUGCGCUACAUUCCUCUGCCAGCCGCUGGAUGUGUUGAAGACACGAUUGAUGAACUCUAAAGGAGAGUACAGGGGAGUGAUGCAUUGCCUGACUGAGACUGCCAAACUGGGUCCACUUGCCUUCUACAAGGGUUUAGUUCCAGCGGGGAUCCGAUUGGUUCCUCACACGGUUCUGACCUUCUUGUUUCUGGAGCAGCUGAGGAACUACUUCGGCAUCAGGGUGGUCAGCUGAGCCCGAGCCUUGACCUUUGACCCUUCGACCAAUCCCACUGCCGUGGUGGUGACGAUCCUGGACGGAGCUGGAACUGGAACUGGGACCUGUCAUCUCUCUCACUCACUCUCACUCACUCUCUCUCUCUCUCUCUCUCUCUCUCUCUCUCUCUCUCUCUCUCUCUCUCUCUCUCUCUCUCACUCACACACACUCACACACACACACACGCACACACACACACACACACACACACACACACCUUAAAUAAAGGGGCAUUAUGCAUAUGCACAAAAAUAUGUGCACUCACUGCGACAAACAAAUACACACUCUUGUGUUCUUGAGCGUGAAAAAAGUGUGUGUGUGUGUGAGUGAUCACUGUAUGUUGCCACUCAUUUCAGCCGUUAGGGCGUGUCCCAAACAACCCUAUGUAGACUACACAUCGCACCUCAGAAGUUAACAAUUAACACAUGAGUCCGUUUACAUCCUCACACACAGACGUACACGCUCGACGUGGUGUAGCUGGUGUGCAAUUUUUUGUCUGUGUACAAUUACUGAUUGUAGCUCAUCUAUUACGCCGCACAAAAUAUUGGCAUCCCUCGUCCUGUCUUUCAGUGGAACGGCGCCUUCACUGAGCGGAUAUUACAGGGCUGGAAGAACGGAAAUAAAUCUGGACUGUUUUGUAAAUUUGACUUGUUUUCUAACAUCAACGUGACAUAUUGCUUUACCUCAAAAAAAAAUAAAAAAUUUGCACGGCUGUAGAGGACAACUACGGCAAGCAGGUAUAAAUCUGUGCUAACACUAUGGUGGAUCAGGAUCAGGGGCCGGGCCACCACAAUGUCGCAGGAGCGGUGGGUUAAUCUCCAUGUUUGUACUGGGGUGCGAGUACUUACAGCACAACUGAUGGACUCCAGUCAGUAAUUGUAGACCUACAGAAUGAUCAGUAGCUGAAUAUUGAGAUUUUUAUAUCCCCAUUCAUAUAAUAAUGUAAUAAAACUCUGCAAGUCGAUGAGAUGAUGACUCGGAGCGGAGGUCCGUUUGAUUUGAUCGUCUCCGGACCGGUUCUGGAAACAAGUGAAUUAAUAAUUCAGAUUCGUAACUGCAGCCAAGUUCUUAAUCAUAUCUGUUCAAUAAUUCAUUUCCGCUGCCUCGUCUGUUGAGUACUUGAGACUAAAACAUGUUUUAGAGAGUCGUUGUAGCUCUAUAGCAGAGCAAAUGUACUAUAAUUUCACCAGUAAUGGGUUUGAUCAUGAUGAGUUUAUUUGAUGUGUGAGAAUCUGUAUCGCCUGUAAAGUCAGGACCAAUCAGUACUGGAGGAAAGAGUUCACUUUAGUAAAAACUGAGCUGUAGUUUUAUAGGAAAACUAAUAUAUGCAAAAAAAAAAAAAAAAACUGAACAAUGUGAUUUCUACUGAAACUUUUACAGCCAGAUUGGGUUCACAGCUGGAGUACGUUGUGCUGUAGUGUUGUCUGAGAAGAUUGUAGAUAAUUUAGUGAAUUAACUGCUUACUAAUGAGGUUUAUCUUGUUAAUUCUGUUCAUGUUAAGUCUAAAGAUGCCUUAAAGGAAUAGUUUAUCGGGGAAAAAGUUGCAUUUUGUCUGAUGUUCGCUGUCAUUAAUGUGGAUAACUAGUAGAGGAGGUACGUCUCGGACAAGCGCCUAAAGCUCUCGUCUGGGAAUAAAUGAUUCUUAAAGGAAGUUCUGAAAAGAAUUUGACCGUGGAAACACUAACAUCACUUCGUAGCUACGUUAGCUUGAUAUCCCGAACGCUUGUCCACCAUCUUGGUCCUUGUGGUUGGGAGAACUUCAAUGCUCACCUAACUGUGGCCUUUGGAGGGCGCUGUGGUAGAGUGAGAGAGGUCUACAGAGGGGGACGCUCUAGCCUGGUGGAGGUUAUACUGUGUGUCUCUCUGUUUUGCCCAAAACCAAUAAAGAUUUUUGGGAAACUAAGACUAA